CGUAGGGAGUAACCCAAGGACAAUAAUCCCACAGUUAAUAAGCACCACAAGUUUAGUUACUCGCAUUUUUUGCCCCACCAAGCUAGCUCUAGCGGGAGGAGAGUGUGCGCGUGUAGGUUACCUUAACCUUAUUAGCCGUGCGCCACGAGAUAGACAUGAGCAAGAGGGUCUAGCUUAGGGUGGAUGGCGUCGUCGUUGGGCAGGGACGUGCCGGCGGAGAGGACGGCCGCGGUGGCGAACGACCUGGUCGAGGCGCGGGACGGCGCGGCGACGCUCAGGGUCUUCUUGCUGCAGCUGGACGACCACCGCGCGCCGUGGGCGCAGCGGGUGGUGGACGGCGUCCUCGACAGGCUGUCGAGCGCGAUGUCGGCGCUGGACGACGUCAGCGACGCGGCGGCGGGAAGACGGAGCCCGGCCGCCGGCGGGUCCGGGUCCGGCGGCGCCGCGAGGCCGCAGCAGUCGGUGAGCUCCAGCGGGAACACGAGGAAACGCAGCUUCGUCAGCAGAAGCAGAUCACAGCGUCCCUCUGACAAGAAGAUCACUGCCACGCUGGAAGACGGCCACGUAUGGCGCAAAUAUGGGCAGAAAGAGAUCCAGAAUUCAUCCUAUCCCAGGAGUUACUACAGGUGCACGCACAGGUCAGACCAAGGCUGCAACGCCAAGCGGCAGGUGCAGGUCUGCGAGGCCGACCCCUCCAAGUUCGUCGUCACCUACUACGGCGACCACACCUGCAGGGACCCCUCCACGAUCCCGCUCGUCGUCCCCGCGGCCGGCGCGGCGCCAGACUGCGCCAACAACCUCAUCAACUUCGGCACCAGCGGCACCAACAACAACGCAGCCGCCAGCACCACCGGCGCUUCUUCUUCCCAGUACUUGGCGAUGGGCGGGAGCGCCGCUGAUCAGCUCUCCACGUCGUGGUGCGCCAGCGACGACGUGUUCAGCUCGUCGGCCGGCUCCUUCAUGCAGGUGGAUGAGCUGAUCGGCGCCGUCGUGGGCUCAGCCGGGGUGACGUCGACGGCGACGGUGGGGUCGUCGGCGCUGGACCGCGGCGGGCACGGUGGCAUGGGCAUGGCGGGCGGCGGCGGAGGCACCGCCAGCUUCCCGCCGUCUCCGAACGGCCUCGGGUCGUUCGUGGUGGGCUCGUACGACGACGACUUGUUUCCGAUGGAUCCUUAGUAAGCAAUUUAAGGGCAUUGCCCAUGAAAGUGAAAGGCAUGAACCAGUAAUUCGGCAUGGUGCUUCUUAAAGCACCUAGCAUGGUAAUAAGGCCUGGCGUGUAUAUAAACUUGUGCCAUCAUGAAUGUUUUUUUUUAGAGGCGCCA